GGUCGCGACGGCCGGGGCGGGGGCGCUGCUGCUGCUGCGGGGGGCAGGCGGUGGCGGUCCGCACCAGCCAUGCCGAAUAAAAACAAGAAGGAGAAAGAAUCACCAAAAGCAGGGAAAAGUGGAAAAGGUUCAAAAGAAGGACAAGACAUAAUAGAAUCAGAGAUUUCCAGCAGGAAAAACAGCCUAGCUGCGACGCCAUCGACAGUGUCUAGCAAAAUAAAAGUGCCAGUCCCUCAGCCCAUAGUGAAGAAAGAGAAGCGGCAAAAUUCUUCCAGGUUUAAUGCCAGCAAUAACAGAGAACUUCAAAAACUACCAUCUUUAAAAGAUGUUCCUCCUGCUGAUCAAGAGAAGCUUUUUAUCCAGAAGUUACGUCAGUGUUGUGUCCUCUUUGACUUUGUUUCCGAUCCACUAAGUGACCUAAAGUGGAAGGAAGUAAAACGAGCUGCUUUAAGUGAAAUGGUAGAAUAUAUCACCCAUAAUCGGAAUGUGAUCACAGAGCCUAUUUACCCAGAAGUAGUCCAUAUGUUUGCAGUUAACAUGUUUCGAACAUUACCACCUUCCUCCAAUCCUACGGGAGCAGAAUUUGACCCCGAGGAAGACGAGCCCACGUUAGAAGCAGCCUGGCCUCAUCUACAGCUUGUUUAUGAAUUUUUCUUAAGAUUUUUAGAGUCUCCAGAUUUCCAACCUAAUAUAGCGAAGAAAUAUAUUGAUCAGAAGUUUGUAUUGCAGCUUUUAGAGCUCUUUGACAGUGAAGAUCCUCGAGAGAGAGAUUUUCUUAAAACUACCCUUCACAGAAUCUAUGGAAAAUUCUUAGGCUUAAGAGCUUACAUCAGAAAACAGAUAAAUAAUAUAUUUUAUAGGUUUAUUUAUGAAACAGAGCAUCACAACGGCAUAGCAGAAUUACUGGAAAUCCUGGGGAGUAUAAUUAAUGGAUUUGCCUUACCACUAAAAGAAGAGCACAAGAUUUUCUUACUGAAGGUGUUGCUACCUUUGCACAAAGUGAAAUCUCUGAGUGUCUACCAUCCACAGCUGGCGUACUGUGUAGUCCAGUUUUUAGAAAAGGACAGCACCCUCACUGAGCCAGUGGUGAUGGCGCUUCUCAAAUACUGGCCAAAGACUCACAGUCCAAAAGAAGUCAUGUUCUUAAAUGAAUUAGAAGAGAUCUUAGACGUGAUUGAACCGUCGGAAUUUGUGAAGAUCAUGGAGCCGCUCUUCCGGCAGCUGGCCAAAUGUGUGUCCAGCCCACACUUCCAGGUGGCGGAGCGAGCACUGUAUUACUGGAACAAUGAGUACAUCAUGAGCCUGAUCAGCGACAAUGCAGCAAAGAUCCUACCCAUCAUGUUUCCUUCCUUGUACCGCAACUCCAAGACCCACUGGAACAAGACAAUACACGGCUUGAUCUACAACGCGCUGAAGCUCUUCAUGGAGAUGAACCAGAAACUGUUUGACGACUGCACCCAGCAGUUUAAAGCAGAGAAACUGAAAGAGAAGCUAAAAAUGAAAGAACGAGAAGAAGCGUGGGUUAAAAUAGAAAAUCUAGCCAAAGCAAACCCCCAGUACGCAGUGCAUAGUCAGGUGAGCGCCGUGGCCAUUCCGGUUGCAGUGGAGACGGAUGGGCCUCUACUUGAAGAUGUGCAGACGCUGAGAAAGGCCCGGAACGAAGAGGCUCGCCAGGCACAGAAAGAUCUGAAGAAGGACCGGCCUGUCGUGCGCCGCAAGUCCGAGCUGCCUCAGGACCUCCACACCAAGAACGCCUUGGAGGCUCACUGCCGAGCUGAUGAGCUGGUCUCCCAGGACGGGCGCUAGCCCCCUCCCCGACCCCACCUCGGAGGACCGCGUCGGGCUGGGGAUGCCUGUUCUUUCCUGGAUUCUGUAGAAAAUACAUCCUUUUUGUGCCAUACAAAUCAGUUACACUCAGAGUCAGAGCUUUCUUCAACCCCGUCCUGUAGGCAAUAAUGCACGUCUGCCUCAGCGCGAGAUUAGGAGUUCAAACAAUGGUGGCCUCUCAGAUGGGUUGGCAGAGCCGAGGGCCACUGGCCACGUCCCCAGCCGGUGGGCUCAGCCCCGGCACAGCCCCCGUAAGACUACUUCCCAAAAUCAGAGCUAAGGAGAGCACCCUGGUCAUCAUCUUCAUGUCCUGCCCAACCGGAAUUCGUGAUCAUUUAAAAAUAAGUGGUUCUAUGAUACUGUCAAUGUUCUUCAAAUCAAAGGAACACUUUCAAAAAAGUUUAUUACAUAUUUUUGAAGACUUUACAAACCUUUUCCAUUGUUUCUCCGUGAUUGUUAUGCCAGUAGCUUCCCUCUCUCUCUCUCUCUCUCUCUCUCUC